CAAGUUCUAUUAAUUAAUCUAAAAUCACAAACACAGAAAUAGGAUUGCAAGAUUGGUACAAAAAUCUUACUAAUCGAGCUAGAAAAACGAAAAUGACAAGUCUUGCAUAUGAACAAGCACAAUGUUAAAAGGACAAUUUUAUCCUUCUGGAACAAAUAUUCUCCUUCCGAAACGACAAGUAGUAUCACUUUCGUUAAACAAAGCCCCAGCUGGCACUCACACUCUUCCCCCCUUCCACCUCAACCCAACCAAAGGACUCCAUUCCCCCUUCGCACGUGCCACUUCUGCCCCUUACCGCAAAACCUCACGUGACCCCAACGAACCACCGCCCCCCACAUUUAGCAAGCAGUCCUAGCUGGCAACCCGAACCUCAGCCUCGUCCCGCCAGGUAGGCUCGGACAGCCGUUUAACGCAGCCCAAACCCCGACACAGUAAAAUAAUAAACAAAAAGAAAACCCGGAAGAAAAUCACAGAGGAAGCAACACCAGUGUGUCUGUAACUGAUUUCGUCUUCUCAGAGAAGCCACCACCAAAACAAAAAGCAAAAGCCUUUCAGAGCUCUGUGCCCAAAUUCUCCCCGCCGUGGAAUUCAAUACAAGAUUCAAUCAUCUCGCUUCUUCUCCAAGCCACCAUCUUACCUUUUCUCUCUGCUUAUAUCCUCGAUCAUCAUCAUCUUCUUCCCCAUUAAAGCUUUCACGAGAAGUUGGUAGCUAACUUCUUCUCACGGAAAAGUGUUUUAUCUCUUGCUAUAAAACCCGACCCCGGAAAGUGCUAUCCACACUCUCUCACUCAUUUAGUAGUUAGUAGGCCUGCAAUGGCGAGCUUUGGGCUAUUGCGGCGGUGGUGCAUUGUGGUCUGUAUCUACUUGUUUCAGUUUAAUUCAGUAACGGUUGCGAUUCUUGAUCCCGUUGAUUUCUUGGCGCUGCAAUCCAUUCGGAAAGGUCUGGAGGAUUUGCCGGGAUCAAAUUACUUUGCUUCCUGGGAUUUCACCUCCGACCCCUGUAAUUUCGCCGGCGUUUACUGCGAUUCCGACAAGGUUAUAGCUCUCAACCUCGGCGACCCGAGAGCCGGCGCUCCGGGUCUAACGGGUCGGAUCGACCCGGCUAUAGGCAAGCUCUCCGCCCUGGCGGAGCUAUCCAUCGUCCCGGGUCGGAUCUUCGGCGCUCUCCCCCAGUCCAUUUCCCAGCUAAAGAGCCUCCGCUUCCUCGCCGUCAGCCGCAACUUCAUCUCCGGCCAGAUUCCGGCGAGCCUCUCCCAGCUCCGCAACCUCCGCACUCUCGAUUUAAGCUACAACAUCUUCACCGGAGCAAUCCCCGCCUCCAUCGGAACCCUACCGGAGCUCACCAACGUCAUACUCGGCCACAACCGCCUCUCCGGCUCAAUCCCGCCGUUCACCUCCACGUCACUAACCCGCCUCGACCUGAAGCACAACGACUUCUCCGGUACGCUCGCUCCCAACUCCCUCCCUGCUUCUCUCCAGUACCUCUCUCUCUCCUGGAACCGCCUCUCCGGCCCGGUCUACGGCAUCUUAAGCCGCCUCGACCAGCUCAACUACCUCGACCUCAGCAUGAACCAGUUGACGGGUCUAAUCCCGGGCCGGGUCUUCACUUUCCCGAUCACCAAUCUCCAGCUCCAAAGAAACCUCUUCUUCGGCCCGGUCCGGCCGGCCGAUCAAGUCUCGAUCCCGACCAUUGAUCUCAGCUACAACAGAUUGUCCGGCGAGAUUUCGCCGCUGUUCUCCACCGUGCAGAAUCUCUACCUGAACAACAACCGGUUCUCGGGUCAGGUCCCGGGUCCAUUCGUGGACCGGUUGCUGGCAGCGAAUAUUCAGAUACUGUAUCUACAGCACAACUUUCUGACGGGGAUUCAGAUCAAUCCGACGGCGGAGAUUCCUCUGAGCAGCUCGCUGUGUCUGCAGUACAAUUGCAUGGUCCCGCCGGUACAGACGCCGUGUCCGCUGAAGUCCGGGAAGCAGAAGACGAGGCCUACGGCGCAGUGUAACGAGUGGAGAGGGUAGAGGUGGGAAUUCGGAUUAUAUUGAGGGGUGUUUUGGGAAGUUCAG